CGCUAGGCUACUCAGUUUACUUUUGAGAUCCUUGGCAGUCAGAAGUGCCAUUCGGUACAUCCCGUGACCACUAUUAAAUACGAUAUGUUUUAUCGCGUGAAGUUAAAGUAGUACUUUAUCGCGUUACGGUUAUGUGCGAUACGCAAAGUAACUCCGUAGUGUUUUUGGAUGCGUGAACUAAUUUUAAAAAUGUUGUUCCUAGUUUUUGUGUGUGUUAUAAGUGUCGCAUACGCGAGGUUCGACGGUGCCAAUGAGCAAUGCUCAUGGUUACCAGAUAACAACGAUGGAAGUUCGAAGUUGGCCGUCACUUGCAACGUUCGACUGUUGGACGAGCAAGCGGGCAACCUGACGAACAUCCCGCAAGAAGUCACUUCCAAGUUGAAAAUCCAAUGCUCCAACGCCAUAUUUUACGAAAGUAUUUUACCAUCAACUUUACAUAGGUUACACGAGCUUGAGGACUUAAGAAUAUCAAAUUGCAAGAUCCUCAAUAUCGACUCGAAUACCUUCGAGGGGCUUUAUAAUUUAAAAAAAUUAUUUAUCAAUAGUUUCAAUGUCGAGUGGGGUUUGAAUAAAAACUUGGAGCUAACGAGUUUGAGUUUUCAAGGGCUGAAGGAGCUGCAAGUGUUAGACUUGGCGGAUAAUAAUAUAAGGGCCCUACCCGAGGGCGCUUUUUGUUCCUUAAUGAAUUUACAAACUUUAAACUUGACAAGGAACAAAAUCCGCUCCACUGAAAGAAUCGGGAUCAGUACCCCGGAGUGUAGCUCUAGCGAGUUACAGAACUUGGACUUGAGCUUUAACGAUAUUAGAAGUUUGGGGGACGACAGUGGGCUUGGAAAGCUCCGUAGGCUACAACACCUUAAUUUGCAAUAUAACAAUAUUACUGAUUUAUCUGGUGAUAGUUUAGCUGGACUUGUGAGCUUAAAAAUUGUGGAUUUAUCUAAUAACAAUAUAGGCUCCUUACCUCAAGGAUUAUUCGCUGGCUCUCCAGAGCUUAAAGAAAUACACUUACAAAAUAAUUCCCUAUAUGCCCUUGCUAAAGGAUUAUUUCACCGUUUGGAGCAACUUUUGGUGUUGGAUUUAAGUGGGAAUCAGCUUACAAGUAGCCAUGUCGACAACGGGACUUUUUCAGGGUUAAUACGCUUGAUUGUGCUAAACCUCUCACAUAAUGCCCUUACCAGAAUAGACUCCCGGACUUUUAAAGAUUUAUUCUUUUUACAAAUAUUGGACUUGAGAAAUAAUUCGAUUGGAUUUAUUGAGGAUAAUGCCUUUUUACCUUUAUACAACUUGCACACGUUAAAUUUGGCUGAGAACCGUUUGAACACCAUUGGACCCCAUCUGUUCAAUGGGCUGUUUGUACUAAGCAAAUUAACGCUGAAUAAUAAUUUAAUUGUGACUAUUGAUGCUCGGGCUUUCCAAAACUGCUCCGCCCUUAAAGAGCUCGAUUUAAGCUCGAAUGCUUUGUCACAAGUUCCUGAAGCUAUACAAGAACUGUCUUUCCUAAAGACCUUGGAUUUGGGUGAGAAUCAGAUUAGUGAGUUUUUCAAUGGUUCUUUUAGGAACCUUAAUCAGCUUACUGGGUUGAGGUUGAUAGAUAAUACGAUUGGGAACCUUACCAGAGGGAUGCUGUGGGAUUUGCCUAGUUUGCAGGUACUAAAUUUGGCUAAAAAUAAAAUUCAAACUAUUGAAAGAGGCACUUUUGAGCGCAACAUUCAGAUUGAAGCCAUUAGGCUUGAUGAAAAUUUCCUUACGGAUAUUAAUGGGGUGUUUGCCACCCUGGCCACUCUUUUAUGGCUAAAUUUGAGUGAAAACCACUUGGUGUGGUUUGAUUAUGCUUUUAUCCCAAGCAAUUUAAAGUGGCUGGAUAUUCAUGGGAACUUUAUAGAGCACUUGGGGAAUUACUAUAAAAUUCAGGAUGAAAUAGGCGUAAAGACCCUGGACGCCAGCCAUAACAGGAUAACCGAGAUCUCUGGUAUGUCUAUUCCUAAUAGUGUGGAGCUUUUGUUUAUAAACAAUAAUUUUAUUAAAAAAGUGCACUCUAAUACUUUCCUUGAUAAGACCCAUCUUGCUAGAGUAGACAUGUAUGCCAAUGAUUUAGUGAAUUUAGACCUAAAUGCCCUUCGUCUCACGACAGUGCCAACCAACCGAUCCAUUCCAGAGGUUUACCUUGGAGGCAACCCAUUCCACUGUGACUGCACUAUGGAAUGGCUCCAGAUCAUCAAUGGAAUGUCUGCCUCCAGACAAUAUCCAAGAAUCAUGGAUUCUGAUAAUGUCAUGUGUAAAAUGACUCACUCACGAGGUAUGACUCAUAUGCCCCUCAGCCAAACAAAAGCAAGCGACUUCUUGUGUGCAUAUGAAACUCAUUGCUUCACAUUGUGCCAUUGUUGCGAAUUUGAUGCAUGCGACUGCGAAAUGACUUGUCCAAAUAACUGUAGCUGCUAUCACGACCAAACCUGGAAUACCAACGUGGUGGACUGUUCUGGACAAACUGCUUCGGAGAUACCGUUGAAGAUCCCUAUGGAUGCCACCGAGGUCUACCUUGAUGGUAAUAACAUUAAAGAGCUGCAUAAUCAUGCUUUUAUUGGCAGGAAAAACUUGAAAACUUUAUUUGUGAAUAACAGUAACGUCGAGUCUAUCCAGAACAGCACUUUUAACAGUCUGCACGCCCUACAGGUGUUACACCUGGAAGAAAACAAGCUGCGUGAGUUGAAAGGUUAUGAGUUCGAACGUCUGGAUAACCUGAAGGAGUUGUACCUCCAAAGCAACCUUAUUGAGGCGGUAAAUAAUAAAACGUUCGAACCCUUGACCUCCCUGGUGAUCCUCCGUAUUGAUGGUAACAGAUUAACCUCUUUCCCUGUAUGGCAACUAAACCUGAACACUCGUCUCACUCAAAUUAUGAUGGCGGCAAAUCCUUGGUCCUGUCGCUGUAAAUUCCUGCAAGGCUUAACCUCCUGGGUAGCUGAGAACGCUGUAAAAGUGCUAGACAGUGCUAGUUUAAUGUGCUCAAUCCCCGACUCACGUCCAACUCAAAAUCGCGAAUUAGAUUUCAACUCCACCGCCUGUAGUGACUAUUAUGCAGGUAGUUCAGUGAUCGACUCCAUGUUGGUAAGUGACUAUUGGCCCAUGGUAGUUGUUACGCUCUGUAUAGUGAUCCUAAUGCUCCUAGCAAUCGUGCUAUGGUUUAUAUUUAGAGACCCAGUGCGUGUGUGGCUCUAUUCGCGUUACGGAGUGCGCCUGUGUAACUUUAGGGACUCUACCUCAAAACAGUACGACGACAGUGACAAAUUAUAUGACGCGUUUGUGUGCUACAGCCCCAAAGAUGAGGAGUGGGUGGUGCAUAACCUUGCUGCCGAGCUAGAACCAAGGUAUCAGCUAUGCCUACACUACCGAGACAUUCCUAAUCCUGCCUACAUACAGCAUGCUGCACCUGCAGUAAUUGAGGCUUCAGAGGCUAGUCGCCGGGUAGUUAUGGUCCUAACGAGGAAUUUUUUAGAGACUGAAUGGUCCAGGUUCGAUCUAAGGCAAGCGUUCCAUGAGGCCCUAAAGGUGCGAGUCUACAACUUAAUAAUAAUCGAGCUAGGUCCAAUCCAGGAUCCUUUAAUGGAUCCAGAGCUGAAACUCUAUCUAAAAACAGCUGAGCGAGUCAAAUGGAGCGACCGCAGGUGUUGGGAACGGUUAAAAUACGCCCUGCCCUCAGUGGACUCCCGAGGGAAAAUAAACGCCAACUAUCGAAGGAACAUCAACAACUACACAAUAGAUUCGAGAGUAGUCGCCAACGGUACUCAUCCUCAUCAUCAUUUCACUCACGAGAAGGUGCGGACCCAAGGGCCUCCCUCACCCGGGAUGCAGAUGAUCCCUCCUCCUGCAUAUUCCGCUUCGGGGGUCCCUCAGGAGUUGGAGGAUGCCAACUACUCCUCCGCCACAACGGCCACUCCAUCUCCGAGGCCAUCCAGGAGGAUCUCGCAGGAGCAGAGGCCAAUUUCUGAUCACAUCUAUUCUAGUAUAGACUCAGACUACAGUACUCUGGAACGGGGAGGUUCUGGGAGGCGUAUGGGACCUCCUCAGCAGUGGAGGCCUCCUCACCCUCAUAUGGUCCUGCAGCAUGGUAACCAUAACGGCGGCCAGGCCUAUCUAGUGUGAUAUUUUUUUCCUUGACUGAUUAGGUAUAUGUACAGUAAGUUGUAUUUUUUAAGACUUAAAAAAUUCCUCUUUAAUAAUAAUUUUUGGGAUUUUGUGGUAUGUUAAAUUGUUUGUUUUAGGGACGGAUUUUAUUAUGGGUCGCUUUAUGCAGGGCGAUAAACGUUUUAUUGGACGCCCUUGCUUAAACGACCUUUUUGAAUUUAUUUAACUUUGUCAGGUCCUAUAGAAUUAGGGUGUUAAGGUUUUAUAUUAUCAUUUUGUACAUACAUUUCAAAUACGUAAAAAAAAUAA